AAAAAAAGGCAGACAGAGCAAAAGAAAAGAGAAGCGCCGGAGGAAGGCGAGGGUAGCCCAGCGAGAUCUGCAACCUGGGACCGGAGAGGGAGAAAGAGGGAGGAAGCCGCCCCGAGGGGCACUCGCCGAGGGGAGAGAGGCGCAGAGUUGGGGGCACAUAGUAAAGUUGCGGGGGUUUUCCAGUUGGAAGAAAAAGAAAACAAAACAAAAAACAGGUGCCGGGAGACCCAGCGCAGCCGGAGCAGGAGGACACCCAUCGCGAGCCAGGAUGCCCAGGAAGAAGCUCGGCGCUGGGCUCGGAGCCGGGGCGAAGGCGGCGGCGGCGGCGGCCUGGGAGCAGCAGCAGAGCUCGGGCAACGGGACGGCGGCGGCGGGCGCGGUGGGGGCCCGGGGCGGCCCCCCGAGGAAGGCGCGGGGCGGCGCGGCGGCGGGCAGGAAGCGGGAGCGGCCCGAGCGCGGCAGCUCCAGCGGCGGCGGUAGCAGCGGCGACGAGGACGGCCUGCCCGAACUGGACGGCGGCAGCCUCGGCCCCGGGGCCAAGCGGGCGGCCAAGCCGGCGCCGCCGGGCAAGGCGGGGGCGGGACAGGCCGUCGUCAUCACGGAGCCCGAGCACACCAAGGAGCGGAUAAAACUUGAAGGCUCUAAGUGCCGAGGGCAGCUUUUGAUUUUUGGGGCGACCAACUGGGACCUCAUUGGUCGGAAGGAAGUGCCUAAACAGCAAGCUGCUUACCGAAAUCUGGGGCAGAACUUGUGGGGACCACACAGAUAUGGAUGCCUCUCUGGGGUUCAGGUGCGGACGGUGGUCUCUGGCCCUUGUGCUGCUCACAGUCUCCUCAUCACCACAGAAGGAAAGCUCUGGAGCUGGGGGCGGAAUGAGAAGGGGCAGCUGGGACAUGGUGAUACCAAGAGAGUGGAAGCCCCAAAACUCAUCGAAGUGCUCAGCAAGGAAGUGAUCGUGUCCGCGGCGUGUGGGAGGAACCACACCCUGGCUCUGACAGAAACGGGUUCCGUGUUUGCCUUUGGAGAAAACAAGAUGGGGCAGCUUGGCCUUGGCAAUCAGACCGACGCUAUCCCCAGCCCCGCACAGAUAAUGUACAAUGGCCAGCCAAUUACCAAAAUGGCUUGUGGGGCUGAAUUCAGCAUGAUAAUGGACUGCAAAGGAAACCUCUACUCCUUUGGGUGCCCUGAAUAUGGUCAGCUGGGACACAAUUCUGACGGGAAAUUCAUUGCCCGGGCUCAGAGGAUAGAGUAUGACUGUGAGCUGGUCCCCCGUCGGGUCGCCAUCUUCAUUGAAAAGACUAAAGAUGGACAGAUUUUGCCAGUCCCCAAUGUGGUGGUCCGAGAUGUAGCCUGUGGCACCAAUCACACGCUGGUUCUAGACUCUCAGAAACGCGUUUUUUCCUGGGGGUUUGGAGGGUACGGUCGGCUGGGCCACGCAGAGCAGAAGGACGAGAUGGUCCCGCGUCUGGUGAAGCUCUUUGAUUUCCCGGGCCGUGGGGCUGCACAGAUCUACGCUGGCUACACCUGCUCCUUCGCCGUCAGCGAAGUUGGUGGCCUGUUUUUCUGGGGUGCUACCAAUACAUCUCGGGAGUCCACCAUGUAUCCCAAAGCUGUCCAGGACCUCUGUGGCUGGAAAAUCAGAAGCUUAGCUUGUGGGAAGAGCAGUAUUAUCGUGGCUGCGGACGAGAGCACCAUAAGCUGGGGCCCCUCCCCAACCUUUGGUGAAUUGGGCUAUGGCGAUCACAAACCCAAGUCUUCCACUGCUGCCCAAGAAGUGAAAACGCUGGAUGGCAUUUACACAGAGCAGGUUGCCAUGGGCUACUCACACUCCUUGGUGAUCGCGAGGGACGAGAGCGAGACUGAAAAAGAAAAGCUAAAAAAACUCCCGGAGUAUAAUCCCCGCACCCUCUCCUGAUGCCGGGGGUGCAGCAAGGCUGCUAGCUGGCUCUCCUGGCCGCUUCAAGCAGCUGUCAUUUCCAAUGUGCACUGGGACACAAAGAAGGCGGAUGAGAAGAGAUUACACAGCGAAAAGGUGGCCCGAAGCUCCUAUUUUGUUAGUCUUCCCGAGGUUCCGUUUUAUAAGCAAAUUCAACGUUUACUACCUUUUUACUGUACGAUUUCCAAAGCGUUUCUCGCUCCCUUCCUGUCUUUCUCCCUUCCCCUACCCCAAAUGUUUAAUUAAAAUAUUUGCUCGUAGUUGACGAGUUAGCAUUCCUAUGAAAAUGGCAGGGACUUUUUGAGCCUUGGUUGGGGUUCAUUCAUUUGUUGGUUGCCUCGGGUGGGAAGGGGAGGGGAAGCUUUGCUUUUUGUCCAUUUAUAUACAUAUUUUUGUUUGUUUUCAUUUUGUAUUUUGCCAAGAGUCCCUUCCUUCCCUGUUGUGUUGAGUUGUGUGAUGAAGAUGGGGGGGGGGUGACUCUCUAAGUUAUGAGGAUUACCUCCCCAUCCUUGGAGGUCAAGGUGACUUGGUGAAAACACUUCAUCCAAGGUCAGGCUUUGUCCUUGGGAGCAAGUGUCUUUGUGUUUGGAAGGUUUCCAGUGUUCCCUUUUUCAGCUUCUGUUCUUGAUUCUCUUGGGAGAGUCAUGGGGAACUGGUCAGACCAUGCAUUCCCUUAGCCAGCUCUCUGUUCUCCUUUGGCCCAUCUCUGGGUUAGUUUUUUGUUUUUUGUUUUUGUUUUUUUGCUUAGUUUUAUAAUGGGGACCUUUGUAUAUCUGUUUGUCCCUUGUUUUUACUUCUGAUCAAAACCAAUGAAUAAGAAAGACAGACUUAUGUCCCCCGCCCCCUGCAAGAGAUUUCCCAUGGAGCAUCCAUUAUCCUUGAAGCAGGGACUUGUCUGUCUGAGAGGCAGAGGGGCUUUUUUUCCCCCUUUCAGAUUUCAGCUUUAUGGGAUCCCUUGGUGAUCAAGGCCUGGUCGCAAAUACUUGUCCUCAGAGAUUGGUUUUUCAGCAGGUGCAGAAGGAAUCGAUUGGUGAUGGAUCGAGCCUUUGUGCCUUUGUCAAUGAAUCUGGGCAUGGAUUUUCUGUGCCCUGUUUUUUAUUUGUUUGUUUGCUUGUUUCUGAGCAAUCCAGACCGAGUCCUGAGACCUGGCAUUCCAAUGUAGAUUUUGCUUAGCUCCAAAUGGUGCCAAUGGCUGAAAACCUUCCCGGCAGGUCAGAGCAGGAGUGUUGCUUGUUACCUGCCUACUGACCUCAGGUUUUCUUUUCUUGCCAUCCCCUGUUGUCCUAUGUUGGGAGGGGGAAAAAAAUGGUGCCUUUCUACAGACCCCCGUUCCAGUCCCACUCAGUUGAAACAGAAAAUCUUCCUGGGCUGAGGUGAGCACAGGUGUUCAAUGAGAUUCUUCUGUCCAGUGUGCUAAAGUGGGUGGAGAUGGAGGCAGAAUUCAUCACAUUGGGAAAGCAAAUUCCUGGGGUCUUUUCUAUGCUAUUGUGUUAAAAAUGCCAAAAAUGUAUUCUCAUCCAGUUGUCUUGUUCUUUCCCUGUGCCACCUUCUCUGGGCACCCUGUUAAAUUAUCUCCCCCUUUGCUGGAUGCAAAGUCAAGUGCUUUGGCCUUCCUAAGGGUGAUGUGGCCAGGGGGAUCCCAUGAUUGCCUAGACAAAUGCCAUAGAAAAAUCUUCUCUGAAAAAGAGCCAGCUUUAUAAAUUCAUCCCAGUCAGCUUUUGUUACACAAGGAGACCACCACCAGAGAAGAUUUUUGGGGGGUGGGGCAUUUCUGAUAAAUUCUGACAUCUGAGUACUUCCAUUUCCUGGACUUGGUCUUGACCUUGGCUGUUGGUCAUGCACAUGGGAUCCCAAUACAGGUCUUAUCUGAGGGGAAGAAAGGAUCAGAGUCCUUGGAGGGGAGUGUGUUAGAGACAUGGGGAACCUUGCUUCUUUCUCACGUGUUCACUAAGGGGUUCUGAUUUUGAGAAACCAAGGUUGGAUUUAUUGGGAGAUCAGUUGGGGUUAUGGGGGUGGUGGGUGGGGAGGAAGGGACAUUCAUUCAACAGAAAUCCAUAAUGGUUCCUGACUAAAAGGUCCAUGGCAGAUAGAUGAUUGGGAGGGAGGGGGUGGCAGUGUUUGAAUAUGCCAAGGGUGCAAAUACAAAGUAAGUCUCUUAAUUUCUGGUCAUGAUACCCAUGAAGCCAAAGGGACUGAAGCCAGAAAAUAAGUGGGGGGCCCGGGUAUAAGGAGACCUUUUUGAGUGUUUCUCCACCCCCCACCCAUUUCUGUAUUGUGAAAUGAGAAUUUCCUAAUUAGCAAAAACUAAAAAACUCCAUCCUUUUCGAACGAGGGGUUUUUUGAGAGAAAUGAACCAAAAUAUCCUGUAACCUUUUGUUUUCCUGGGUCUUUGCGAAGAGAGAUGGGAGGUGACCAGAGAUCCAGCACAAAAUCAUGUUUUCAAGUGGAUGUCCCCUCCCCCUCCAUAGGCCUCCCCCAAUAGCCUGCUGCCAGGAGGCUGGGAAUGCAGAGGGGCUGGGGUGGGCAAGAGAAGCUUCCUUGUUUCAUGCUGGAAUUUUGUCUUUUUUAUAUAUCUAUUUCUUGGAGUAAAUGUUUUAAAUAAAUGACAUCACUGUUUACUC